UCGUUUGAGAAAAGAAGCAAACUCUUGGGAGUUGACACUUCCAUUAUAGUCGAUUUGAUUUCCUUUGUUCAACUCAGAGAAGAAAGAAGAUGAUUGGCAUUAAGGAUAUCUACAAUGUUAUAUCAUCCACCUUCCCUCUAUAUGUCCCUCUCUUCCUUGGCUAUGGCUCUGUGAGAUGGUGGAAGAUCUUCACCCCUGAGCAGUGCAUAGCCAUAAACAAGCUUGUGGCCUACUUUACUCUCCCCUUCUUCACCUUCGAGUUCGCGUCGCAUGUCGACCCAUUUGCGAUGAAUUACCAGGUUAUCGCGGCCGAUGUGCUCUCCAAGGUGAUCAUAGUGGUGAUCUUGGCUUUCUGGGCUAAGUGCAGUAGUAAAGGGAGCUAUAGCUGGUCCAUAACAAGUUUCUCACUGAUCACACUCACAAACUCACUGGUUGUGGGUGUGCCCAUGCUGCAUGGCAUGUAUGGUAUGAUGGCAGAAGACCUGGUGGUGCAACUCUCUGUUUUCCAAGCCAUAGUGUGGCUGACAGUGCUGCUGUUUGUGCUGGAGGUGAGAAAAGCAAGGAGCAGUGUGCUCUCUGUCAUGGCCUCUAGUAAGGACUCCCAAGUUGUCUCAGUUGACGUAGAGAAGGAGGCACAGGGAACUGAGAGUUUAAGCAGUGAGAAACCCUCAAUCUGCGCAAUCUUGAGGGUGGUGUUUUUGAAGCUUGCUAUCAACCCCAACUCUUAUGCUAGCAUUGUUGGUGUUAUAUGGGCUUCUCUCUCUAACCGGUGGCAUUUUGGUAUGCCAAGCGUGAUGGAAGGAUCGAUCACCAUAUUGUCUAAAGCUGGUGGAGGCAUGGCAAUGUUUAGCAUGGGAGUUUUCAUGUCUCAACAAAAGAAGCUUAUAGCAUGUGGGCCGAGCUUAGCAGUGUUUGCUAUGGUGUUGAGGUUCAUUGCUGGACCAGCAGCCAUGGCCAUUGCUUCCAUUGUUGUGGGCCUUCGCGGGACCGUCCUCCGGAUUGCCAUCAUCCAGGCUGCGGUGCCGCAAUCCAUCACCUCAUUCAUUUACGCGAGGGAGUACGACCUGCAUGCGGAGGUCCUCAGCACGGCGGUCAUUUUUGGGAUGCUUGUCUCCCUGCCUGUGCUGAUAGCUUACUAUGUGAUUCUUGGCCUUUUGAACUGAUACCACCUCAGGUGCCACGCUGGUGCUUGGCGUUACACCAUUAGUAGUGGACUCAUUAGAAAAUUUAAUUUGAACUUCUGUAAUCCUCCCAAUGAAAAAUUUUGAUGUGUUAAAUGGUGAUCCGGAAGAAG